AUGGCUUUCCCAAACACCUCCUUACUCCUUCUCCUCGCCCUCUUAGGUUUCUACUCGCAAAUCAUCAAAUCUCAAAACUGUAACUGCCCUCCAAACGUCUGUUGCAGUCAGUUCGGUUACUGCGGGACCACAGAUGCUCACUGUGGUCGUACAUGCCGAUCAGGUCCUUGUAGAGGCAGUGGAACGCCAUCUGGUGCUGAUGCUGUUGGUAGCAAUGUCACACAAGGUUUCUUUAACGGCAUCAUCAACCAAGCCGAUAAUGGCUGCGCCGGAAAAAGAUUCUAUACCCGUGACUCUUUCAUUAACGCCACCAUCACUUCCCCUAGCUUUGCUAAUUCUGUUACAAGGCGUGAAAUUGCAACCAUGUUUGCUCAUUUCACUUACCAGACUGGACACUUCUGCUAUAUUGAGGAGAUAAACGGAGCGUCACGUUCAUCUUGCGACCAGAGCAACAGGCGAUAUCCAUGUGCACCGGGAAAGAGCUACCAUGGUCGUGGUCCACUCCUACUAUCAUGGAACUAUAACUACGGCCCGUGUGGCCAGAGCCUCGGCCUCGACCUUUUACGCCAUCCCGAGCUGAUCAGUAGUAACCCAAUUGUGGCCUUCAGGGCUGCUAUGUGGUUUUGGAUGAAGAGCGUGAGGCCUGUGCUGAACCAGGGAUUCGGAGCCACCAUAAGAGCUAUCAGCAGUUUGGAGUGUAACGGUGGAAACUUGGGUGCAGUAAAUGGAAGGAUUGGCUACUAUAGAGACUAUUGUGGACAGCUUGGUGUAGAUCCGGGUGCCAACGUCACUUGCUGA